AUGGUUCCCUCAACAGCAGCAGAGAUGCUUGCAUUCAGGCUGAAGACAAAGUUACGGAAUGUACUGGGUAGGAUUGCAAAGCGGGGAAACCACAGUAUUCUCAGCAGUUUUCACACAGAGCUCUACAUCACAGAAGAAGACUCUCAGAUGGUCAGUGAUGAAGAUGAGUUUGGGACAGAGUUGGUCUUGACACAAACUCCACCAGACAUCAUGACUGACUGCAACAAUAUCUUUACGCUGCCACCUGAACACAAGAAGUCCAUCAGAACUGUUCUGACAAAGGGGAUCACUGGCACUGGAAAAACAGUGGCUGUGCAGAAGUUUAUACUGAAAUGGGCAGAAGGAAAAGCCAGUCAGGACAUUCAUUUCAUAUUUCUCCUUCCUUUUCGGGAGUUAAAUUUGGUCAGAGACCGUAGAUACAGUCUGCUGGGUCUAAUUCAUUAUUUCUAUCCGGAGAUGAAAGAAUGUGACAAUGGUGACAUUUGGAGUCACAAGAUUCUCAUCAUCUUUGAUGGUCUGAAUGAAAGUCAACUUGCCCUAAAUUUUCAAAAUAAUGAGAACUUGACAGAUGUAACAGAGUCAACAUCAGUGGAUGUGCUGCUGACAAACCUGAUUACGGGGAAUCUGCUUCCUUCUGCUCUGCUAUGGAUCACCUCCCGACCAGCUGCUGCCAAUCGGAUCCCUUCAGAAUGGAUCCAACGGGUGACUGAGGUACGGGGGUUCAGUGAUCCACAGAAAGAGGAGUACUUUAGGAAGACUAUCCAAGAUCAAAGCCUGGCGGGCAGAAUUAUCUCACACAUAAAGUCUUCCAGAAGCCUUUGCGUUAUGUGUAGUAUACCAGUUUUGUGUUGGAUUUCUGGUACUGUUCUGGAGAAGGUGUUCAGUAAAGCAGAGUGUGGAAAAAUUCCCAAGACCCUGACUGAAUUGUACACUCACUUUUUGCUCAUUCAGACUAAUCUGAACUAUCAGGGGAGAACUGACACAAAUCCAGAAAAUGUCUUGGAGUCAGACAGAGAAAUCAUUCUGAAACUCGGGGAGCUGGCAUUUGAAAACCUGGUGAAUGGCAAGUUCAUAUUCACUGAAGGGGAGGUAAGAGACCUCGGCAUCAAUGUCUGUGCAGCCGCAGUGCUAUCGGAGGUGUGCACAGACACCUGCAGAGAAGAUUCAAGGAUGUGCCCCGGCAGAAUGUUCAGUUUUACACACCUGAGUGUUCAGGAACACCUGGCUGCUCUGCACGUAUUUCUCUCAUUCAGGAACAACAACAGAAAUCUCCUUGACCAAAGUCACAGUGGGAAGGUGAGGUUAUUUGACCUUCACAAGGCUGCAGUGGAUCAGGCCUUACAGAGUGAAAGUGGACACCUGGACCUUUUUCUUCGAUUUCUUCUCGGGCUCUCAUUGGGCCCCAGUCAGUCACACAUACAAGGCCUUCUGACCCAGACAGGAAGCUGCCCUCACAACGCAGAGGAAACCAUGCUGUACAUUAAGGAGAGCAUCAGGAACAGCCCAUCUCCAGAGAGGGGCACCGGUCUGCUCCACUGUCUGAAUGAAAUGAACGACAUUUCCGUUGGAGAGGAAAUUCAGGCUUUUAUGAAGAAGAUCGGAGACGUUCAGGGUGAACUCAAAGCUUCAGAGUGGUCAGAUCUGGUCUUUGCCUUGCUGACAUCGGAGGAGAAGCUGGAAGAGUUUGAAAUGUGGAAGUAUAGAAGAUCUCCGGAUAGUUGGAGGCUGCUGCCGGUGGUUAGGUUUGCCAAAAGAGCUCUCCUGUGGCAGUCUGAUCUUACAGAGAGUAGCUGCGAUGCUCUGGCCUCGGCUCUGAGCUCCAGCCCUUCCUACCUGCGGGAGCUGGACCUUAGUCUGAACGAGCUGCAGGAUUCAGGGGUGAAGCUGAUCUGUGCUGGACUGGAGCAUCCACACUGCAAACUGGAGAAACUGGAUCUGAGAUGGUGUAAACUCACAGAGAAGUGCUGUCUUGCAUUGGCCUCCGCUCUCAGCUCAAACUCACACCUGAGAGAGCUGGAUCUGUCCAACAACAGCCUGUACGACUCUGGAUUUAAGCUUCUCACUGCGGGCCUGGACAGUCCACUGUGUAAACUACAAACUCUGAGGCUGGAACAGUGUGAACUUGGAGAGAAAUGCCACGAAGCGUUGGUCUCUCCCCUCAGCUCAAGUUCCUCAUCUCUGAGAGAGCUGUACCUGAGUUACAAUAGCCUGCAAGACUCAGGGCUGCGGCUGCUCUGUGCUGAACUGGAGAAUCCACACUGCAAACUGGAGUUACUGAGGAUGGAGCAGUGUGAACUCACAGAGAAGUGCUGUGGUGCAUUGGCCUCCGCUCUCAGCUCAAACUCACACCUGAGAGAGCUGGAUCUGUGCAACAACCCGCUGCAGGACUCUGGAGUGAAGCUGCUCUGUGCGGGCCUGGAGAGUCCGCUCUGUAACCUGGACACGCUGUGGCUUUGGGGGUGUGAGCUCACGCAGAACUGCUGUUCUGCAUUGGCUGCUGCUCUCAGCUCAAGCUCCUCCCACCUAAGAGUGCUGAACCUGAGUCACAACCAGCUUCAGGACGCAGGAGUGGAGCUGCUCUCUGCUGGACUGACCCAUCCCCACUGCAGCCUGCAGAAGCUGCUGCUGAUAAAAUGUUGUCUCACAGAGAAAUGCUGCAAUGCUUUGGCCUCGGCUCUCGGCUCAAACUCCCACCUGAGGAAGCUGGACCUGAGUCUGAACGAGCUGCGGGAUUCAGGGGUGAAGCUGAUCUGUGCUGGACUGGAGCAUCCACACUGCAAACUGGAGAAACUGGAGAUGCAGAGCUGUAAACUGACAGAGGAGUGCUGCGAUGCUCUGGGCUCAGCUCUCUGUUCAAACUCCUCCUGCCUGAGAAAGCUGAAUUUGACUGCUAAUGACCUGCAGGAUUCAGGUGUUCAACUGCUCUGUGUUGGACUGGGGAAUCCACACUGUCGACUGGAGAAACUGGAGCUGGUGAAGUGCGGGGUCACACAGGGAGGCUGUGCCUCGCUGGCGUCAGCCCUGCGCUCGAACCCCACGCACCUGAGAGCGCUGAACCUGAGCCUGAACGAGCUGCAGCGCUCAGGGCCCAGCCUGCUGUCCUCUUUACAGACAGAUCCACUCUGGAGCCUGGAGACGCUGGAGUUCUGACCAGGCUGGAAGACCUGGACGAGCCUUAUGCUGUGGGAAAUUGCCCUGGGAGAAUGGAGCGGGGAUUUGGACGAACA